GAGCGAUGUAAACUAGCGCCAGACAGAUCGGUCGCCGUCGCGCGCGGCGGCGGCGCGUUGCAUUCAGGUCUUCCACCAUCGCUGCAUCUCUUUCCACCUAGCAUUUGCACCAAACAAUGAGCGAUAACGCAGAAUACAAGGAAGCGUUCGCGCUUUUUGACAAGAAAGGAACCGGAGCCGUGCAAAGGGAGGUGCUAGGUGAUCUUCUACGGGCACUCGGCCAGAAUCCGACGCAGGCGGAAGUUGCAGAGAUAAUCGCGGGGUCACCUCGGGAAGUCGAUUACAAGACAUUCUUGACAAUUCUCAAUCGACCAGACGGCUUCAAGCCUGCAGGAACACCUGAUGAAUUCAUACGCGGUUUCCAAGUGUUUGACAAGGAGGGCAACGGAUUCAUCGGCGCAGGCGAACUCCGAUACGUCCUUACACAACUGGGCGAGAAGAUGUCAGAUGAGGAGGUUGAUGAGCUGCUGAAGGGCGUACCAGUUGGCUCGGACGGGAAUGUCAACUACGAGUCGUUUGUACGCACGAUUCUCAGCCAGUAGUUUGCGAUGUUGUACAGGGGCUGCGUGGGCCGAUGUACAAUCCCGACGUAUCAUGGUGUUUUCUGUUGCGUAUCUGUUUUCACGAGUCCAGUAGCUAACGCGUCGCUAUAAAGCGCAAAUGUAUUCCUUUAUACCAGACUCAGACAUAACGAUUGCAUCUCAAUGGGCGACAGGGACUUCAAGCCUCAAACCCGUUGACUUUGGGAGCUUCCCGGUGCGACGUUCUGUUGGUCUCAAUAUAUGUACCAUGUCCUUCGCGCUCCGUUGAAGUCAUUGCACGGCGUUUGUAUUCAUGUGGUAAUCGAAGUAGCUUGCUCUUGCUGUCA